AUGGAUGAAGCAAGCAAAAAGCGCAAGGAGAGACUGGAGCAGCUCAAGAAGAGGAAACUCGAGUCAGCAGGAGGCGACGACAGUGUCAGCAUGUCGUUCCGCAACUACACCCCUGUCAACGAAUCCCUGAAAGACCAAGACUCCAAGAUCACAACCGUUGCCGACAUUGGCGACACCGUCGAAAAGAAGAUGGACGGCGUCGUCGAGAAGGUCAUCCAAGAAGAAGACGAGAAACGCGCCAAAGACGUCGAUAUUUUUACACUGGCACCCAAGAAACCCAACUGGGAUCUGAAGCGGGAUAUUGAGCCAAAGUUGCUCAAGCUGGAGAAGAAGACUAGGGCGGCUGUCAUCGAACUCAUCAGGAAGGAGAGGCCUCAGGAUCUCAGCAUGGCAUAG